GAGCUAAACGUCCAAGACUUAUGGGAUGUCCUUUCGGCCUUACGACAAGAGAAGCUUUCCGAAUCUCUCAAAAAGUUCUCAGUCAUGACUGAUAGUGUCCUAUUUUUGGGCUAUGUCAUCUCCAAGGAUGGCAUUUCAGUUGACUUGUCCAAUGUUGAGGCAAUAGAGUAG